AUAUUGAACAGAUCAACAUUAAAGUUUUCAGAGGUUCAAAAUUUGGAAAACUUUCAUAAUAUUCCCGUCAAAGAUAGUUUCAGAUCGAUUAUUCUAUAAUGGCUGGGUCAGCACUGAGACGCCUAAUGGCAGAAUACCGCCAGUUGACACUGAAUCCACCAGAAGGUAUUAUAGCAGGACCCGUAAGUGAAGAAAAUUUCUUCGAAUGGGAAGCUUUGAUAACUGGUCCGGAAGGAACUUGUUUUGAAGGCGGUGUAUUUACAGCAAAGCUAGUAUUUCCCCCCGACUAUCCUUUGAGUCCUCCAAAAAUGCGAUUCACUUGUGAAAUGUUCCACCCAAAUAUUUUUUCAGACGGCAGAGUUUGCAUCUCUAUACUGCACGCUCCUGGGGAUGAUCCAUUAGGAUAUGAACUUUCUGCUGAACGUUGGAGCCCAGUACAGAGCGUGGAAAAAAUUCUGCUUAGUGUCGUCAGUAUGCUAGCUGAACCCAAUGACGAAUCAGGAGCAAAUGUCGAUGCAGCAAUCAUGUGGCGCGAGAAUAGAGAGGAAUUCAAUAAAAUAGCAAAACGAAUUGUAAGAAAAACUUUAGGUCUGCCUUCAUAAAAUAUACUAAUCAACACAUU